UUGGCGGUGAAUGCUUUCACAAUGCGGAUUUUCUUUCCAAAAAGCGGCAUAUGAAUUCGAGGGCUUUUAAGUGUGUUUGUGAAGAAAUUUGGGAUUUUUGAAUAAAGAAACAAUGAGGGGAGAGGAGCUGAUGAUGCAAGGGGACACACCGGGAUCGAAUGGCCAAGAAGAGAGGAUUUUCGUCUCAGUUAGGGUGAGACCUUUGAAUGAGAAAGAGAUUUUGAGGAACGAUGUGUCCUAUUGGGAAUGCAUCAAUGGAAACACCAUCACGUUCAAGCACAACCUGCCGGACCGUGCCAUGCUUCCCUCCUCCUAUACAUAUGAUAGAGUAUUUGGGAGCAACUGCCCCACAAAGCGGGUAUAUGAAGAAGGAGCAAGGGACGUUGCCCUUUCAGCAGUCAGCGGUAUUAACGCAAGCAUUUUUGCAUAUGGGCAAACCAGCAGUGGAAAGACAUACACCAUGAGUGGAAUUACAGAAUAUGCAGUAGCAGAUAUAUGUGAAUACAUAGAUAUGCAUAAAGAAAGGGAAUUUAUCUUGAAGUUCUCUGCCAUGGAGAUUUAUAACGAAGCUGUCAGAGACCUCCUCAGCUCAGACAAUGUUCCACUUAGACUUCUAGAUGACCCAGAGAAAGGUACUGUUGUUGAGAGACUUACGGAGGUGACUCUGAGGGACUGGGACCAUCUGCAAAAGCUCCUUUCCAUCUGCCAAGCUGAAAGGAAGAUAGGAGAGACCUCUCUGAAUGAAACUAGCUCCAGAUCUCAUCAAAUUUUGCGACUGACAAUUGAAAGUUCUGCUCAUGAAUAUAUAGGCGCUCCAAGCACUCUUGUGGCUACAGUGGAUUUUGUUGAUCUUGCCGGUAGUGAGCGUGCUUCUCAGACAUCAUCAGCUGGUGCAAGAUUGAAAGAAGGUUCCCAUAUAAAUCGCAGUUUACUGACACUUGGAACUGUAAUCCGAAAAUUAAGCAAGGGAAGAAAUGGGCAUGUUCCUUAUAGGAACUCCAAGCUAACACGCAUUCUGCAAAACUCUCUGGGAGGCAAUGCCAGAACAGCGAUUAUUUGCACCAUGAGCCCUGCACACUGUCACGUUGAGCAAUCAAGAAACACACUCUUGUUUGCAAGUUGUGCUAAGGAGGUGACUACUAAUGCACAGGUCAAUGUGUUGAUGUCCGAUAAAGCAAUGGUAAAGCAACUGCAAAGAGAGUUGACUAGACUGGAGAAUGAGUUGAAGAGCUUGGUGUCGAAUUCCAUCACGUACGAUUUUGCUGCCUUACUGAAGGAGAAAGAUCUUCUAAUUGAAAAGAUGGGUCAAGAGAUUAAAGAAUUGACUCAGCAAUGUCAGCUUACUCGGUAUCGCAUUAAGAAUAGGCGGCAGUCAUUUGGAGAUCAGUUUUUAAGAAUUGAUGAAUAUUCUACAUUAGAGUCAUCAGAUCUCGAUCUUGGACACAGAGCCAGUGUGCAUAAUUCCAACAAGGACUACCUACAUUGUUCUGAGAAUUCUGAAGGCAACUCCCUGCUGGAUGUCAGUACUCCUGAAUUUUUUGACCCUGAUCCAUAUCUGACCUGGGAGGAGAUUGCUGAAAGAGCUGAUGCAGAAUCUGAAGAUAGUUGCAAGGAAGUUCAAUGUAUUGAAGUACUGGAGGAAUCUCCAGGAGAUCAAAAUAUAGAAGCCUCUCUUCCCUUACCUGGUCCUGAAGAACAAGUUGGACAAUUCCCCUUGAGACAGGCCAUGAAUGAAGAUGCUGUAACAUCCCCACAGAAGGGACCUAAGGAGGCAACAAAUGAAGAUGCUGUAACAUCUCCACAGAAGGGACCUAAGGAGGCGACAAAUAAAGAUGCAACAACCUCGCAGAAGGGAUCUAAGGAGGCUAUGGAUGAAAAUGUAGUGUCAUCUCCACAGAAGCGACCUGAGGAGGUUAUGAAUGAAGAUGCAGUAUCAUCCCCAGAGAAGGUAGCUAAGGAUAUGAAUGAUGUCGAUGAUGACAACACUUACAGUGAUCUGAAGCAAAGAAUUCAGAGCAUGCAAAAGGCCAUCAACCGUCUUAUCAGUUUCUGUCCUUCAGAGCAAUCUCCAUCCUCUGAAGCAUAUUUUUUGUCUAGCACUAGAAGCUUGAAAUUUGCUAGAAGCAAAAGUUGCAGGGCAAUUCUCAUGACUACUCAAUCUUCUCAUUGGUUUGAGAAGGCAGACCGGAAUGAAAACUCGCCACCUGCAGGGUCUGAGAAGGACUUCCCCAGCAUUCAAGAAGGCCCUCAGCGAAGUCUUCCUGCAUUGAAGUUUAGUGCCAGCACUGGAAAUUUUUUGAGAAAAGCUUCUCAAAAUUCUGUGAAGAGGACUUUCACAGAAGCACAGAAGAGGAGCAAAUCUGAUUCAGAGAAUGCGAAAACGCUGAAAAGCACCCUCAAUUUUACUGCAGGACAGAGUGAAGCAGCCAAACCUCAGUCCAAGAGACUAUUUGAUGAUUUGGAACGAGAUGCCGCAAUAAGGACCUAUGAGCACAGGAGCAGCAUAAAAGAUGCUGGCGUGGAUAAAGUUCUGGGUGCUCUGCAGCCUGGUUCUAAUUGGCCCUUCGAUUUUGAGAGGAAGCGGAGAGAAAUAAUUGAACUCUGGGAUGCUUGCAAUGUACCAUUGGUUCACAGAACCUAUUUCUUUCUUCUCUUCAAAGGCGAACCAUCGGACGCUGUAUACAUGGAAGUAGAGCUCAGACGGUUGUCCUUUCUUAAGGUCACAUUUUCACGUGGAAGUAGCAUAAUGAAAGAGAGGCGAACUCUUACACCAGCUUCAAGUGCGAAGGCUCUCAAUCGCGAGAGGAAAAUGUUGAGCAAGAGAGUGGGGAAGUUGUCAAAAAAGGAACGAAAACGCCUUUAUCAGAAGUGGGGUAUUGGGUUGAAAACCAAGCGAAGGAGCCUUCAAUUGGCACACCACUUAUGGAAGGUGCCAAAGGACAUGAACCAUGUGCAGGAGAGUGCUGCCCUUGUUGCGAAGUUGGUGGGAUUUGUAGAAACAUGUCAAGCCCCCAAGGAGAUAUUUGGACUCAGCUUCUUAACCGGGCCGCUAAACCGGAGAACGUUAGAUGGAAACAAAGUUUGUCUCCUCCCUCGUAAGCUUUUUGGAACUAGGAAGGUACCAGCUAUGUUCAAAUAUCUCCUGCUUCUUACCAGAUAGCCCACCUCAACUUA